CGGCGGCGCCGGGCGGACGCUGUGCUGCCGAGCGCUGGUUUGCGCCGAGCGAGCGACUGCAGGGGGAUGCCGUGGAUAAGGCGGGGGUCGCUCGAGCCCUUGGCUUUCCGUUCUUGCGGGGUUUCCGCGUCUUUUGUGUGUUGUCACUUCCCAGCGUGCUCCUCUGUGAAGGUUGUCCAGUCAGGACGUUCGGGGCAGGACUCAGAGAGCGGGCGCUGCGGGAGCCCGUCCCGGGUGGGAGCCGGGAGCUGCAGGACGAGGACCUUGAUGCCGCGAUUGCCCUAGGAUUGCCUUGAUUGCCGCGAUUGCCUGGCGGCAGCGAUGAUCCGGUAGUGUUUGAGUAACUGGAUCCCUGGAUCCUGGUCUAACACUGGCCUGCGAGAGGGGAAAACUCCAGAGAGUGAGACUGACCUCUGCACCACAACUCUGCCAGGAUCCUCCACGUGCUCAAGUAUCCUCAGGGUCUUGAGCAAAUCAGAAACAAACCAAGAGUAGAAACCACAAAGGACAUGCCCACUGACAUGAAUCUCUGCCAGAUGCCCCAGAGAGUAGGAGCAGAAGAGCAGAGCGGAUCAUGGGAGAGAUUGGUGUCCUUUGAGGAUGUGACUGUGACCUUCAGCCAGGAGGAGUGGCAGCAACUGGACUCUGCCCAGAGAUGCCUGUACCAGGACGUGAUGCUGGAGAUCUACAGCCACCUCUUGGCAGUGGGUGACCUGCGGCUUGACACACCACAGCAACAGAUUUUUGUGAAAGCUUCAUUUCUAAAUGAUGCAUCCAGUGACGUCACAGGACAUGGUUCAUACUCCAUCUUAGAGAAACUGUGGCAGGGUGGCAACACUACCACAAAGACAGAUCAGCAAAGCCAGAUGCCACCCGUAAGUCCUGGUGCUUUCCAAACUCAGGAAACACUGCACACAGACAGUGGCUGUGACCACGAAGAAAGCGGGGAAUCUCUUCUUCUGGGCGGCCACCUCCUUUCUACACAAUAUGGACCUCCAAGAUGUUUCUCAUCUGCAAAAUGUUUGAAGCCUAACCUUGAAGCAGAUAGUGACAAUCAAAGCAAUGCCACAAAGCAGGUUAGUGACAUCAUUGGAUCUCACCAGGUUUUUACACAAAGCUCUUCUAAUGGUGUGUGUACAAUUUCUCAUCAAAGAGAAAAAUCAUACCACGAAGGUCAGUUUGGAGAUAUUCUUUCCCCCAAUCCACCACUUAUGGAGCAUGAAAUCAAUUUUCAAGACAAAGCAGCUGAAUAUACUGGUUGUGAGAAAGUCUUCACCAGCGAGUCUGCUUUCUGUCAACAACAAAUAACUAACAAUAUGGACACAUCUUUUAUCUGUCACACAUGUGGGAAAACCUUUGUCCACAAGUCUAAAUUGACCUCCCAUCCAGAGACUCAUAGAGAAGAGACACCUUAUGAAUGUCCUGACUGUGCGAAAUCACUUAAGGGCAUGUCCAACCUGCAAGUGCACCGUGAAAUCCACACAAAGGAGAAACGUUAUGAAUGCCAUGUGUGUGGGAAGUCAUUCAGCUAUACAUCCCACCUAAAGGUGCACCUUCGGACACACACUGGUGAGAAGCCUUAUGCGUGUUCUGACUGUGGGAAGGCCUUCAGCCAAAAGUCAGUCCUCACCAUCCAUCAGAGAAUUCACACUGGGGAGAAGCCUUACACGUGCAGCGACUGUGGGAAAAUGUUUGUUUGUGCAUCAGACCUGACAAAGCAUUGUCGGUUCCACACAGGGGAGAAGCCCUAUGAGUGCCCUGACUGUGGGAAAUCUUUCAGUAUUAAGUCUAACCUCCUCGCGCACCAUCGAAUCCACACCAGUGAGGGACCUUACAAAUGCUUUGAGUGUGGGGAGUCAUUCAGGAAAAUAUCCCAACUGAAGGUACAUCAUCAAAUUCACACCGACGGUAGAUCUUUUGUGUGCUCUGACUGUGGAAUGGCCUUCAGCCAAAAGUCAGUCCUUGCCACACAUCAGAGAAUUCACACUGGGGAGAAGUGUUACCCAUGUAGCGACUGUGGAAAGCUGUUUCUGUAUGCUUCGGAUCUGAAGAAGCAUUGCCGAGUUCACACAGGGGAGAAGCCUUACAAGUGCCAUGACUGUGGGAAGUCCUACAGUGUGAAAUCACACCUACAUGUGCAUCAUCGGAUUCACACUGGCGAGAGGCCUUACAAGUGUGACGACUGUGGGAAGUCAUUCAGAAGGAACUCUCACCUGCAGAUGCACCAGCAGACUCACACUGGUGAGAAGCCGCACAGGUGCCCUGACUGUGGCAAGUCCUUCCGCAGAGCGUCCCACCUGAAGGUGCACCGCCGCAUUCACACCGGGGAGAAACCCUUUGUGUGCUCGGACUGUGGGAAGGCCUUCAAUGACAGGUCAGUCCUCAGCACACACCAGAGGAUUCACACCGGAGAGAAGCCGUACAUAUGCAGCGACUGUGGAAAAGCCAUGUCUUCUAAAGCCAAUCUCAAAGAGCAUCAGCGAAUUCACACAGGCGAGAAGCCAUAUGUGUGUGCUGAAUGUGGGCGGGCCUUCAGUGAUAAGUCUUCUUUCUAUAGACAUUGUAAAAUUCACAGUAAGGAGAGAUCUUUUGUCCAUAGCAAAGGUGAAAAGGGCUUCCUGCAGAAUUCACAAGUGACAUCCUAUGAGCAAACUCACAGCACAGGGAAACUAUAGUAAUGCUCUGUCUAUGGGAAAUCUGUCAUUGCUGUGUAUCAUCUGAAGGUGUAUCAUCAAGGUCACACAUAUUGCCAUUACUGAAGCUGUGGGAUACUGUUGGUAUACCAUCCACACCAUACUGGGAAGAGACAUUAUUUGUGUUGUGAAUGCAGAAAGUCUUUCAAAAUCAUGUCAUUUCAGAAGACUUGAGAGCUCAUACCACCUGAUCAUAUAAAAGAAUUUAUUGUAGAUUCAGUUCCUCAUCCAUAUCUCUCAUCAAAAUAUUCUUGGUUCUCAUGAAAAAAGAAUAUUUUACCACAGACCUAAGUAGGACUACAGAGAUAUCAUACUCAGUUGGUAAAUUCUGUGUCUUUGGGAUAUCACAGGCACACAUGUACGUACAUGCCACAGGUAUCUACACACAAUAGAUACAUAAACCUAACUAUACAAGCCAUAGUUCAUAGUUUAAAAAGGGUACAGCUAUGCAUUGCUUGUUUAAACAUAUAAAUAAUUAUAUAUGAGGGAAAUAUUAAUGAACUGGUAGGAAGAAGCAUAAAUGUUGUUUCCUUGCAUGACGAAAUGUUGAUUAAUGAUUUGAGGUAAACCUUCUAUAAUUAAUGGUACAAAGUGUCUAGACAUUUAUAGGAAAGUUUGUUGGAAAUUACAUCAAUGGUUUCUCUGUGUAUGUGGGAGCCUAUCUUGUUUUUAUGAGACAAGGACUCACUAUGUAUUUCAGGUUGUUCUGGAACCCACUAUAUAGAUCAGGCUGGCCUUUAACUCCCAGGGAUCUGCCUACCUCUGCCACCCAAGACUGGGAUUAAAAGUGUAUGCCACUA